AUGCCGUUCGGACUAAAGAACGCGGGGGCUACAUAUCAGAGGUUAAUGAACAAAAUAUUUGCCGACCACAUCGAGAAGCUGAUGGAAGUCUAUGUGGGCGACAUGCUAGUCAAAACCCAAAAAGAGGAAACUCUGCUGCCCGACCUCGCCGAAGUAUUCGGUACCAUAGGAAAGCACGAGAUGAGGCUAAAUCCCACAAAAUGUACCUUUGCGGUAGAAGCUGGAAUAGAUUACUUCACAAAGUGGAUCGAGGCAGAGCCAUUGGCCGCCGCCACCACCCAGAGAAGUCGGAUGUUCUUGUACAGAAAUAUCGUCACAAGGUUUGGGGUUCUCCACUCCAUCACCACAGACAAUGGGACUCAGUUCACCGACAUAGGCUUUAGGAACUUGGUAGCAGAUUUGAAAAUCAAGCACCAGUUCACUUCAGUGGAACACCCACAAGGCAAUAGAUAA